AUGGCCAUGGCCGGGGGCCGGCGGGGACUGGUGGCCCCGCAGAACACGUUUCUGGAGAACAUCGUCCGGCGGUCCAACGACACCAAUUUCGUGUUGGGGAAUGCCCAGAUCGUGGACUGGCCAAUCGUGUACAGCAAUGACGGGUUUUGCAAGCUGUCUGGCUACCACCGGGCGGAGGUGAUGCAGAAAAGCAGCACCUGCAGCUUCAUGUACGGGGAACUGACUGACAAAGAUACCAUCGAGAAGGUGCGGCAGACGUUUGAGAACUACGAGAUGAAUUCCUUUGAGAUUCUGAUGUACAAGAAGAACAGGACACCUGUGUGGUUCUUUGUGAAAAUUGCUCCCAUACGAAAUGAACAGGACAAAGUGGUUUUAUUUCUUUGCACCUUCAGCGACAUCACGGCUUUCAAACAGCCGAUCGAGGAUGACUCAUGUAAAGGCUGGGGCAAGUUUGCGCGGCUGACCAGAGCGCUGACCAGCAGCCGGGGCGUCCUGCAGCAACUGGCGCCCAGUGUGCAGAAGGGCGAGAAUGUCCACAAGCACUCCCGCCUGGCCGAGGUCCUGCAGCUCGGCUCGGACAUCCUGCCCCAGUACAAGCAAGAGGCGCCCAAGACGCCACCACACAUCAUCCUGCACUACUGCGUGUUCAAGACCACAUGGGACUGGAUCAUCCUGAUCUUGACCUUCUACACGGCCAUCCUUGUCCCCUACAACGUGUCCUUCAAGACCAGGCAGAACAAUGUGGCCUGGCUGGUGGUAGACAGCAUCGUGGACGUCAUCUUCUUGGUGGACAUUGUGCUCAAUUUCCACACCACUUUUGUGGGGCCGGCGGGAGAGGUGAUUUCCGACCCCAAGCUCAUCCGCAUGAACUACCUGAAGACCUGGUUUGUGAUUGACCUUCUGUCCUGUUUGCCCUAUGACGUCAUCAACGCCUUUGAGAACGUGGAUGAGGGCAUCAGCAGCCUGUUCAGCUCCCUGAAGGUGGUCCGGCUACUGCGUCUGGGGCGCGUGGCCCGGAAGCUGGACCACUACAUCGAAUAUGGGGCGGCCGUGCUAGUGCUGCUGGUGUGCGUGUUCGGACUGGCUGCGCACUGGAUGGCCUGCAUCUGGUAUAGCAUUGGAGACUAUGAGAUCUUUGAUGAGGACACCAAGACCAUCCGCAACAACAGCUGGCUCUACCAGCUGGCCAUGGACAUCGGCACACCCUACCAGUUCAACGGCUCGGGCUCGGGCAAGUGGGAGGGCGGGCCCAGCAAGAACUCCGUCUACAUCUCCUCCCUCUACUUCACCAUGACCAGCCUCACCAGCGUGGGCUUUGGGAACAUUGCCCCUUCCACAGACAUCGAGAAGAUCUUCGCCGUGGCCAUCAUGAUGAUUGGCUCUCUGCUCUACGCCACCAUCUUUGGGAAUGUGACGACCAUCUUCCAGCAGAUGUACGCUAACACCAACCGCUACCAUGAGAUGCUCAACAGCGUCCGGGAUUUCCUGAAGCUCUACCAGGUGCCCAAGGGACUGAGCGAGCGUGUCAUGGACUACAUUGUGUCCACCUGGUCCAUGUCCAGGGGCAUCGACACAGAGAAGGUCCUGCAGAUCUGCCCCAAGGACAUGCGGGCUGACAUCUGCGUGCACCUCAACCGCAAGGUCUUCAAGGAGCACCCUGCCUUCCGGCUGGCCAGCGACGGUUGCCUGCGUGCCCUGGCCAUGGAGUUCCAGACGGUACACUGUGCCCCAGGUGACCUCAUCUACCACGCAGGGGAGAGCGUGGACAGCCUCUGCUUCGUGGUCUCUGGCUCCCUAGAAGUGAUCCAGGACGAUGAGGUGGUGGCCAUACUGGGGAAAGGGGACGUGUUUGGGGACGUGUUCUGGAAGGAGGCCACCCUGGCCCAGUCCUGUGCCAACGUCAGGGCCUUGACCUACUGUGACCUGCAUGUCAUCAAGCGGGAUGCCCUGCAGAAAGUGCUGGAAUUCUACACAGCCUUCUCCCACUCCUUCUCCCGGAACCUCAUUCUGACCUACAACCUACGCAAGAGGAUCGUAUUCCGGAAGAUCAGUGACGUGAAGCGCGAGGAAGAGGAGCGCAUGAAGCGCAAGAACGAGGCCCCCCUCAUCCUGCCCCCCGACCACCCCGUCCGCCGCCUCUUCCAACGUUUCCGGCAGCAGAAGGAGGCCCGGCUCGCUGCUGAGAGGGGGGGCCAUGACCCGGACGCCCUGGACGUGGAGAAGGGCGGUGCUGGCCCUGAACACCCAGCAUCCGGCCACGGCCCAUUCAAGGCCAGCGUGGUCACCGUGCGGGAAAGCCCUGCCACACCUGUGGCCUUCCCGGGGGCAGCGGCUGCCGCAGGGGUGGCGGACCAGGCACGUCUGCAGGCACCUGGCGGCGAAGGUGUGGGCCCCAGGGCAGGGGGUGAUGGCAGCAGGCGCCGGGGCUGGGCCCGCUUUCGGGAUGCCUGCGGGAAGGCAGAGGACUGGAAUAAGGUCUCCAAGGCUGAGUCCAUGGAGACGUUGCCCGAGAGGACCAAGGCAGCCGGUGAGGCCACGCUCAAGAAGACCGACUCAUGCGACAGUGGCAUCACCAAGAGCGACCUGCGGCUGGACAAUGUGGGUGAGGCCCGCAGCCCACAGGACCGCAGCCCGGUGCUGGCCGAGGCCAGGCGCCCCUUCUGCCCCAUCCCCGAGCAGGCACUGCAGGCCGCCGUGCUGGAGGUGCGACACGAGCUCAAGGAGGACAUGAAGGCCCUGGGCACCCGCAUGGCCCACAUUGAACGGCAGCUGGCCGAGGUGCUGCGGCUGCUCUCUGCCCGGCGGCCCGCCCAGUCGCCCCAGGAGCUAUAUGAGCUCUCGGGGCCCCAGUCCCCUGAGUCUGAGAGGGACCUUUUCGGAGCAGGCUGA